CAUAAAGAUAAUGUAUAGAUAAUGUUAUUAUCACCUUUCAUUAAUUCAACUAUUGGGUUGUAUAUUAUAAUGUCAUCAGGACAAUGAAUGGUCGAAGCUUACUCCUUUUAGUGGGCAUCACCCUCAUUCAGGGCAUCUCUUCUAAAAGCCCAAUAUAUUCGGUCGAAGAAGAAUGGGAGACAUUUAAUGAACUGUUGAGGAAUCCAGCAUAUCGGCUGCCGACAACCACCAGGCCUCUACACUAUAAAGUAACCCUAGAUCCCUAUUUCGACGAUGCUCCUACACCUGAAGAGAAUUUUACCUUCAAAGGCACUGUUGUUAUUGACUUGGAAGCCACACAAGAUAAUGUUACACAAAUUGUUUUACACUGUAAGAAUAUGACUAUCCAUGAUGUUAGUAUAAUAAAUAACAAUGAAUCAAGUUUCGUAGAAAUCGUUACCUCUAAUAAUCAAGAUUCUUCGGACAUUGAAGAAUUUAUUUGUGAUCCUGUAUAUGACUUUUUAAGGAUAGAUCUGACUAAAUCAUUGCAAUUAGAUACUGUUUACAGUAUUAACCUGAGCUUUACCGGUCACAUUCAAACAGGCAUGAGUGGUUUCUAUAGAAGCUUCUACAAUGACACAUCUGGCAGGAGAUGGAUGGGAACGACACAAUUUCAACCUGGCAAUGCUCGGUUAGCAUUCCCCUGCUAUGAUGAACCUGGCUUUAAGUCACACUUCGACAUUACUAUCAUCAGAGCUGCUGACUUCAGUGAAACUAUAUCGAACAUGCCUAUAAAAUUAACCGAAGAUGCACAUAAUGGUAGAAAAGCUGAUACUUUUUACACUACGCCAUAUACUUCGACAUACUUGUUAGCUUUCAUAGUAUCUCAUUACGAUAUGAUCGCAACUAAUGGUGACGAUGAUAGGCCAUUCCACAUCUAUGCAAGAGACAACGCCGAUGACACCGGAGAUUGGUCCCUUAAAAUCGGAUUGAAGCUUCUUGAUGCUAUGGAAGAAUUUACCAACAUUUCUUAUUAUGAUAUGGCUGAGCACCUUGAUAUGAAACAAGCUGCAAUUCCUGAUUUCUCUGCCGGGGCUAUGGAAAAUUGGGGCCUUUUGACUUACAGAGAAGCGUUGAUAUUGUACGACCCACGCAAUUCAAAUCACUUCUAUAAGCAGCGUGUAGCUAACAUUGUAUCCCACGAAAUAACCCACAUGUGGUUUGGAAACCUUGUCACUUGCGCCUGGUGGGACAACUUGUGGUUGAACGAGGGAUUUGCUAGACAUUACCAAUAUUACCUAACUGGAUCUGUAUGCAAAGAUCUCGGAUACGAAACUAGAUUUAUAGUGGAACAACUUCAUCAGGCCAUGUUUUCUGAUUCUUUGGAUAGUGCCCAUCCUCUUACUAAUCCGGCUGUGAAUAGUCCUUCAUCCGUGAGUGGUCAUUUCUCCACAAUAACCUACGCCAAGGGAGCAUGUAUCAUCCGAAUGACACGACACUUAUUGGGAGAGGACACUUUCAGAGACGGUCUUCGAAUCUAUCUAAAAAGAAGGCAAUUUGAUGUAGCUGAACCCCAUCAUCUGUUCGAGGCCUUAGACGAAGUUGCUGCCGAAGAUGGCGCUUUGUUGGUUUACAAUGGUAUUACUAUUGACGAGUAUUUCAGAACUUGGACUGAGAAGGGUGGCUAUCCUUUGUUGACUGUUGUGGUUGAUCAACGCACUGGACUUAUGACGGUUACACAGGCCCGUUGGGAAAGAGAAACAGGCACUAGUAGCCGACCUUCUCAAUGGCACAUACCUAUAACGUGGACAAGAGGUAAUCAGCCAGAUUUUGAGGACUUGAAGCCAUCACAAAUCAUCACUGAACAAGCCACUGUCAUCGACAGAGGAACAACUGGUUUAGAGUGGGUCAUAUUUAACAAACAGGAAACUGGUUUCUAUAGAGUAAAUUAUGAUAACACUAAUUGGGCAUUGCUGACGAGAGCGUUGCGAUCUAAAGAGAGAACUGUAAUCCACGAAUACAAUCGUGCUAUGAUUGUCGACGACCUAUUCGCAUUGGCUAGAGCAGGCACGUUGAGGUACGAUAGAGCCUUCAACGUCCUCUCUUUCUUACAAUUUGAAGAUCAGUACGCUCCGUGGAUUGCUGCUAUUAGUGGAUUCAACUUCUUGAUCAGAAGACUCGCAAGUGAUGCGGAUAGCCUGAGUAAGCUCUACGAACUAAUUGAUAAGGAUCUCAGUGAAGCAGUUGUUCAACGUCUUGGAUACCAAGAACCCGAGAACGGCAUGUACAUGGAUGACUUGUUAAGAAUGUAUGUUAUGAGGUUCCUUUGUAAUAUUGGACAAGAAGGCUGUGUAAAUGUGGCUAGAAGUAACUUUUAUGACUGGAUACAGGGAGAAUUCAUUCCUGCAAACAUGCGUCCGUGGGUGUAUUGCGAAGGGUUAAGGCAAGGUUCUAGUGAAGACUUCGAUAUCUUUUGGGAGCGCUACCUCACUACAGAUCUUGCUAGCGAAAAAGCCGUGAUGUUAGAGACAGCAGGGUGUACCACAAAUAAGAGUAGUUUGGAGAAAUUCCUUACAGCAAUUGUCACUGAUGACGAUGCUAUCAGACCUCAAGAUUAUACGACAGCUUACAACAGCGCAGUUUCAGGAAAUGAAAACAAUACUUUGUUAGUGUUUGAAUGGCUCAAACAAAAUUAUGAAGAUGUUAAUAAUACAUUUGGAAGCUUAACGUCACCUUUGAACACAAUUGCAAACCGUCUGUUGUCACUAGAGGACAUAGCUGAGUUCGAGAGUUGGCUGGAUGAAAACAAGGAUGUUAUCGGUGAAUCCGUGUACAACAAUGUGAAAGGAACUCUAGGAACUGUGAAAUCUAAUUUAGAAUGGACCUCUGUAAGGCUACCGGAAUUGGUGCGAUACUUUGAAAUAGGCUAUGAUGAAGAUAUUAUUGAUGAAAUAGAUAGUAGUGAAGAAGACGAAGAUGACAGCAGUGAAGGAACUAGCCCUGAAGAAAGCGAGGAAGAUGAGGGCCCUGAUUCAGCUAACAUUUCCACGUUGAGUGCCAUCACACUUGUUGUUACUCUCUUUAUCAACUUUCUUAAUUUAACAUAAGAAAUAUUACAAUAAAAAUAUCAGUAACAUAAUUUUAUAAAAAGCAUUUUUAAACAUAAAAUUAAAAUUGUAAAUUCAUAAUAAAAAUAUAUUAUUUUUUAA